AUGACCAUCCCUCCCCCCUACGUCCUCGCCACACUGACGUUCCUUUUCCUCCUCUACACGGUUGCAGCAGGCAAGCAGGCGUGCGGUGGUUCGUUGGUGGCUCCGACUCUGAUCGACCUCAAUGGAGCUGUUCCGCGCCACUUGGUCCUCUCAGAUGUCGACGCAGACGGCAACACCGAUGUGGUGUACGGCAACGAUGGCAAGGUUCUCGGCUGGUUUGAAAACAAUGUUGCCGGUUCGGGUUAUCAUCGCUGGGUUCCUCAUGUCAUCGACUUGAUCAGCGAGUCCAUUGUCUUGGUCGGCCUUGCCCCCAAUCUCGCUGGUGACGGCGAGACCGGCAUCCUGGUCCUCACCCAGUACCGCGUCUUAGCCUACCCUCGCAGCACGCUUGCCCCGUACUACAUGUCGGAGACUAGCCGCGACAUUGCAUCGGACUUUAGCUCGGCCGACGACAUGGCCGUCAUUGACAUCGACGCUGACGGACUGCCCGACGUCGUUGUCAGCUCGACAAUUGUCAUCAUCUACAUGAACAUUGCUGCCGAACCGGGCUUCUUUGCGCCCAACGAUGCAGAAAACACAUUCUCGCCCUUUCUGGCUGCUGGCGACAUCUCCGGUGAUGGCGUGCCCGACCUUGCGCUCGCAUCCAGCUCGAGGCUCGAUUGGAUCCCCCUCAACGCCGACGGCACCUUUUCAGGAACUCCGCAGCUUGUGGCUUCACCGUCGCCGUCCAUCCAGUCUGACGGUGCCAUCAUCGCCGACAUGGACGGCGACUUGGAUGGGGACAUUGUGGUUUUCUCCAACUACCGCAGCAACAUUGUGCUUGCACUCAACGACGGUGCAGGUGGGUCUUGGACGACUUCUACCGUUAUCUCGAGUGUGAGUAGCAUGCAGCACGUCGUUGUUGCCGACGGCAAUGGCGACGGCAAGUUGGACGUCUUUGCCGCGGUAUUCUCGGGAAAUCGUAUCUAUUUCUAUGCGGGGGACGGUGUCGGCGGCUUCGCCGCGUCCACAACUGCCGUCUCUACUACCCGACCCUACACGGUGGUAGUCGGUCAUGUUGACGGGGAUGCUGUCGUCGAUGUUGUAGCCGGUCGGGGAUCUGACGUUGGCAUUGCGUUUGGCAACGGCGACGGGACCUUUGGCUCACCGCCAGGCACCCCUGUGGCCAUGGCCAAUCCCGGUGGCCUUUCAGCCGCCAUAACCUCGAGUGACGUCGACGGCGAUGGUAUUGUCGAUGUUGUUGUUGUUUGGGCCAACGGCGGGCUGGCCUGGCAUCGCAACCUUGGCGACGGCUCGUUUGUUCUUGGCAGCGUUGUUGAGGCGUCGAUGAUGUUUGUGCCCAUGACCAUUGCGGCUGUUGAUGUCGAAGGUGACGGCGACGUCGAUUUGGUUUUGGGUCGAGUUGGCGUGACCAACAUCAUUUGGUACGCCAACGACGGCGCUGGAAUCUUUACAUCCAUGGGAACUCUUGAUCCGCUGGGCGAUGCCGUUGUCGUCGUCACCGCUGACAUCGACGGAGACCUGGAUGACGACCUGUUUGCGCUCAGGGAAACCACCAGCAGCGUAUGGUGGCUGCCGAACCUCGGCGGUGGCUCAUUUGGUAGCGCAAUUGCCAUUGACACAUCCCAGGCGUUCAUGUCGGAGCCGACGUCGGCCGCCUUUGCCGACUUUGACUCGUCCGGCUCGCUCGAUUGUGUUGUCGUCUUCCGCUCCGACAAUGCUCUAGCGUGGUACGAAAACACGGCCGGUGACGGCUCGACAUGGACACGACACAAUCUGCCGUACACUCCGCUGUAUCCGUUCAUGGUCCGCGCCGGUGACUUUAACAACGACGGCAGGCCCGAUGUCGUCGUGAGCAGCGAAGGCCAGCUCGCUUGGCUCGCUAAUGUGCAGCCGAAGAGCCCCAGUCCGCACUGGACCGUUCACAUUAUUGACUCGGGCAGCCUGUACGACCUUACCGCCCUCGCGAUCGGCGACAUCAACGGCGAUGGCCGUCAUGACAUCGCGUUUGCGUCAGACGUCUCUGGCGCCGGUGGCCUCCAUCUGCUGGCGUGGUAUCCUGGGCUCGACUCUGGGGGUUUUGGCUCGCGCAAGCAGCUCUCCAGUGAGUUUCACGCCAAGCGCUUGCUCAUCUUGGAUGUCGAUGGCGACGGCCUCGGCGACGUCGUGGCACAAGGCACGUCCCCGAGUAGUGAUUCGAGCAUCGCACUCUUUCGCAACGACCUCGGUGCCAUGCCUGCGACAUCCAAGUACCGGGGCCUCAUUUCCAGGAAGGAAGCUGUUCCAAAUGCUCCAAGUGAGGCUUCGUUUGUUGCUGCUGGCGACGUCGACGGCGACCUCAUCGUCGACGUGGUGUUUGUCGGAGAAAGCACUGACGUUGUGGCUUGGCAGCGUGGCGUCGGAGGCGGCGAGCUCGACACCGCGCCACGGUCGAUUCUCUCGGACUUUAACGGGGCGUCGAUGGUUGUCCUCGUCGACGUCGACACCGAUGGUGAUCUCGACGUCAUUGCCGCUGCCGCGACAGCCGGCGUCCCGCUGAUCUGGGCUGAGAACGUGGGUGCUACUGGCGACUUUGCCGUCAUUCACACCAUUUCAACGCAAUCGCCGCCAGGCGUCUCAUACAUCGAAGCCGUCGACAUUGACAGCGACACCGACUGGGAUGUGGUCUCGGUCUGGAGUACCCGCAAAGUCAUCUCGGUCUUUGUCAACCUCGACGGUUCCGGCACAUACAGCAACGAAGUCGUUGUGGCCACGUCGGUCGACGCCUGGAAGUGCGUACUGACUGAUGUGGAUGGCGAUGGCGACACCGACAUUGUGGCACUCGGGACCUUUUCCAGCCUCUACUACUACAUCAACACGGGUGGAGCCGGGUUGGCUUGGACGGCGGCGUCCUGGACGCUGCCCUCGUCGUACCACACCGAAGUGGCAGACACGCGAUGGGCGGUGGCCGACUUUGACGCUGAUGGCGCGCUCGAUGUAGUUCACCGGGUCUUGGGCCCGACGCCGCUCCAUUUCGUCCACUUUGUCUCGGACGUUUCGAGCGCCGCGCCGACAGCUGUGGCACUCCAGGUUUUUGACCGGAUGAGAUACGCCUGGCCAGUUGAUGUCGACGCUGACGGCGACCUUGAUCUUGUCAUUCUCACCCAGGUCGAGAAGUAUAUCGGUGUUUUCGAGAACAUCAUCGCAGAUGUCCCUGGCGGCGCGGCGCCAAUUGCGGGCACUCCGUUUGUGUACCCAUUCCACCUAGUUGCCAGCGCAGCUUACCAAUCUACAGUGCCUGUACUGGUGGACAUGGACAGCGACGGUGACAUGGACUGGCUGUUCAGCAGUGGGAGUCCCGAGUCGCUGUUUUGGAUUCCGGCGGUAACAGCGCCAAGCGCCUUCUACGAGCCGUCGCCGCAGCAAGUUAUGUUUGACGAUAGCCUGGCAGCGUGUGGCAGUGCGCGUGGCUCGUUUGCUUGUCUGGCCGCCAAUAUCGGCCGGACCUCGCGGUGCGUCCGCGACACGCUUGUUCUCCCGGCGCGGACAUUUGGCUGCCGGCUCGAGGCCCACUUUCCCAUCGCCCACGAAAUCGUUCUUGACGGCCGCGCAGGUGCCUCUUUUGACUGCACGCCCUUGUCGGCACCGACCGAGGUCGGUGGCGUGCUGUUCCAGGUUGUCAGUGGCGGCUAUCUCGAGUUGCAACACUUGGCUGUGACCAAGACCGGCAGUGCGCGAACGUCGCUGCUGGGCUCCCCGGGGCUGCGUGCUGAUGGCGCUGGCGCGCGGCUAGUUCUGACCAACGUCACGCUGACGAGAGCGGUCUCGGACACGUCUGUCAAUCCGAAUCGGGUGCUUGCCGGCUAUGGCGGGGCGCUUAUGGCGACUUCGGGCGCCUCGCUGCGCGUUGUUGAUACUGUUGUGAGCGACGCAGUUGCAGCUGUCACUGGCGGCGCGCUGUACGUGGCUGAUGCCGAAUCGAGCGCCACGCUGAUCAACUCCAUGAUUGUGGAGUGCACGGCGAAAGUCUCGGGCGGCGCCAUCAGCGUCUCCAGCCUCGGCACAGUGUUUUUGCACAACUCGACUCUUGCACGCAACACGGCUGCCGCCGGCUUUGGUGGCGGGCUGUUUGUUGACGUCGGCGGACGCGCCGAGGUGAUUGGUACGAACAUGGUGAGCAACUCGGCACUUGGUGGUGGUGGCGUGUUUGUGCGCCCGGGCUCGUCCGCUGCUAUCAGCUCAUCGGCGCUGACAGGCAAUAUUGCGGCAGUCGGUGGCGCGCUGGCUACCGCCGACGCUAGUGUUGACGCUGUUACCCGAGCCAGCUCGAUGGCGGAGGUGCCGACGCUGGAGCUGGGUGCCGCGUCGAACGCGUCUGCUAUCACUCUGGUAGACUCUGUGGUGAGGAGCAACACUGGGGUGUCUUACGGUGGCGGCGCCUUUUUGUGCGACGGCUCGAGUGCUAGCAUGCUUGUGGCCGGCUCGGGCUCGAUCUGGUCGGACAAUGUCGCGCUGCGGGGUGGAGCCCUAGGCUCGAGCGCCGACGUGCUUGUGUGCGCACAUGCCGACGGCACCGACGGCGGAUCAAUUGUGACGAGUGCAGGCGUGGGGCGCCCGGCGUCCACGGGCCUCUAG